GCUCAGUGCGCUCGUGCUCGUUGGGCUGGACUGCGGCGACCAUCGUGCCUGAGGCAGAGCAGUGUGGUCACUAAGGUCAAGGUCCAAGCAGAUGCGCUGCAUGUGGUUGCAAUUCUGAUGGACGUGAAGAUGAUUCUUAAUGACAGUCGUGAUGUCCUAGAUAACUGGCGUCGGCAACUAACGGAUGCAUGCGGUACUAUUUCUCGUGUCGUGUGUGAAGAUGGUGGGAUCUUUUCAAUAAGUUUGAGCUCGUCAGGUUUAGCUGGAGUCCUGUCGCCCAGCAUUGGGAAGUUAAGAUCAUUAAAAUGGCUGUAUUUAGAUGGUAACAACAUAACUGGAGAAAUACCACAAGAGAUUGGGAAUCUUUCAAAUCUAACAAUUCUAAAACUUGUGAAGAAUCAAUUCAAUGGCACAAUACCUGGCUCUCUUGGCCAUCUUUCAGAACUACAAAUUAUGGACCUGAGCAAAAAUCUUCUAAGUGGAAAUAUUCCAACCUCUUUGCCAAAUAUUCCGUCCUUGAAUUCCAUCAUUCUGGCAUAUAACAAUCUUAGUGGUGAAAUAACCGAUCAACUACUUGACGUAUCCCUAUACAACUAUAACGGAAACCAUUUAAAUUGUGGUCCAUACUUAAUGUCAUGUGAAGGAAACAAAAAGAAUACAGGUAGAUCUAGAAAAUCCAACACACUAGGGGUGCUUCUUGGAAGCAUUGGUGGAGCAAUAGCUCUCCUCGUUCUCAUAUGUGUGCUAGUGUUGCGAAGAAUGCGUCACCGACGUGGUAACGUUCGAGGCGAGCAUCAUGAAAGCCUAGCUCUUGGGCAUAGACGACAGUUCUCUUCGCUAGAUCUUGAGACUGCAACUGGCAACUUCAGCGAAGAAAAUGUUAUUGGUGUGGGAUCUUUCGCUAAGGUGUACAAAGGAAUUCUUCCAGGCCCAGACAAUAAAGCGGUUGCUGUCAAACGACUGCUUAAAAUACUGAAUGAUGGUGCUUUCAGAAGAGAGGCUGAACUUAUAAGUGCUGCUGUCCACAGGAACGUCUUAAGCUUGAUAGGGUAUUGUGUGACAGAAACGGAGCAGCUUUUGGUUUACCCUUUCAUGGAGAGUUUGAGUCUUUCUUCCCGUUUAAAACGUUUAAAACAAAACGAACUAGCACUGGAUUGGCCAAUAAGAAUGCAAAUUGCUGUUGACGUUGCCCGUGGUUUGGAAUACCUUCAUGAUAUCUGCAUCUCCUGGAUCAUCCACCGUGAUAUCAAGUCUGCCAAUGUCCUGCUUGAUGAAAAUCUUGAAGCUGUGAUAGGAGACUUUGGACUGGCAAAGCUGAUGGAAGCGAAAGAAGAAGUGACAAAGGUCCGAGGAACACACGGCUACAUAGCUCCUGAGUACCUGCAGACAUCUAAGGCAUAAAAAAAAACUGAUGUAUAUGCUGUUGGAGAUUGCGACGGGAAUGGGUCCUUGCAGAUUUGCUGGCGAAGGAGGAAGUGAAACCCCCACCCAGAAACUGAGACGUCUAAAGGAAGAAGACCGACUGGAAGACAUUGCAGAUUGCAAAUUGAAUACCUAUGGUUCCAACGAGCUGGCAAAAAUUAUCGAUAUAUCACUUCGUUGCAUCCAAAAGGAAGCUGCUCAUCGCCCUAUGAUGGCAGAUAUUGUCAAGAUGCUGGAAGGUUCGGAGAUGGAAGGAGAUGGAGAUGUCCCAGUAGAUUAUUGCUUGGUUAAGUUGCCGAGCAUCCAGGAAGCCGAGGAGUUGUCUGGUCCGAGAUGAGCUGCACGAGCAUCUCAUCGAAAUGUAGCAAUUAGCUCCAUUUGGAGCUUGUGAUCUCUGCUAACAUAAUUUCUAAUGUCGGAACAAUAUUGUUUCACAAGAUUGAAGCUAUAUAUUAUAUCAACAAUUUUCCUA